AUGACUUCAGAACAAUUGAUAAUUACAGUGGGAGAUAUUGCAGAUAUUCCCCAUACUUCUAGUCAAAUUGAUAAGAGUUUGAUAGGAUGCUACAUUCACCUAAACAAUAGACUAAUCGAUGUUAUGGUGCUAUCCGAUGUGGACUAUUUCAUCAAAAUACCAAUUAACAGUAAAUCUAACAACGAAGAUAAGAUCUCUAUUAUGUUCAAGAAAUUAGCCAGUGGGGAUGAUGAGGAGCCCAUAGGUAUAAGUUUUAGAAUUAUAAUCUUUUUAUUAGGUAAAUUUGAUGAUAGUUUGGGAGCGUUUAAGGAAGCAUCAGUUAAUUAAGUUGUUAAGAAAUGGAUCUCGUUAGCCUCAAGAUCUUCAUAAAUCAGAGACUCAAAUCCUUUGAAGGAAAAUGCUUUCAAUGGUCCCAGAGCACUUAUUUACUAUUGUUUUGGAGAAUCUAGUAAUGGAAUUGCUGCAAUUCAGGAGGAAAUUGGGACUCUUGGUAAAGAUAAAUCAAAUCUAUCUCAAUCCUCACCGUUUAAGGAUAGAUAUUCUAAUAAUUCUUACUCUAACAACAAUUCUAUUUCAAGAAAUAUGUCUUCUGAAAAAAAGUCAACCAAUUCUUUCUACGAUAAUUCAAAUAAUAAAUAGUAAACAGGAACUACUAUCAUAUAAAACAGGUAUAGUUAGUAAAAUGAAUAUCAAGAGAUAGAUAAAACUACUAUUUCUUCUGUUAAAAACUCAUCAGUAAUUGAAGGCAAGUAAGCCAUUGAUGAGAGUAAAUAUGUCUUGCCAUCCAAGAUGCACAAAGAUAUUAGAAACGAUCCAGAUGUGGCAGCUAAGAUUUAGGAACUUGAAAAGUCUGCUAAGCUUUAUAUGUAGUUUGACAUGUAGAAGCUAUAAAAUGAUAUGAACAAAGAGCUUGAAGGAGAUAUCUAAAGAUUGAAAAAAGAGUAUCAAUCUCAUUAAGAAGAGGUCCAAACAAAAUUAAAAUCAUGCGAGUAAUUGAAUAAAAAUUCACAAUCAUUAAAGAAUGAUAGUGUAUCACUAAGACAAUAAAAAUAGAAAGGUCUAUAAGAAAUUUCAUAGAAAAAUCUUGAGUUUGAGAAAAAGUAUUCUAAGGACAACUCUGAGAAAUCAGAUUUAAGAGGCCAUAUGGUGGAUCUAGAAAAGAAACUAAGAGAAUUGCAAAGAGAAAUUGCAGCAACUAAUCUUGAGAAUGAAACUCUAAAAGCACUUUUAUCAGGCGAAUAAGAAUUAAGAGACGAUAGAAAUACUGAAGAGACUCACGCUUUACUAAUUAUUAAUGAUGAUCUUAAGUAAAAUAUUUUUGUUGCAGAUGAGGACAAAAAGAAGGGGAAAAAGUAAAGGGAGCAUGUAGAAGCUCAAAUUCUUAUCUUUGAUAAGGUGGUUUCAGAUUCAAAACAAAAAGUUCAAGAUCUGAUUUAAAAUAUUUAACAAAGUCAGGCAUAAAAUCAAGAACAGCUUCAACGAUAUGAGACAGAGUUAAAAGCCAUUACCAGUGAGAAUAGAAACCUAAAAAUAACUAAAGAAAAAUAAGAAUCAAGCAUCAAACAACUAGAAAGAGAUAUUCAAUAAUUGUAGUAAUAAGAUAAAUAGUUGGAAAUAGAGUGGAAUAAAAAGAUUGAUGAUGUUGAAAAGAGCAUUCAUGAUAGAAGAUAGCAAAUUCAUGAACUACUUGAUUCACUCCAAGAUACUAGCACUGAAAUUUCUCAAUUGAAGGUCUAAGCUCAAACUAACCAGUAUAAGUUAGAAUAUGAACUAUCACUAAAGGAGAUGUACGAUACUCACCAAUAUGAAAAUAGAAUGAGAAAAAUCAAUACUGAAAUCGAACAGUCAUAAAAGAAGACUUAGAUUUUAAGAGAAGAAUUAACUCGCAUCAGUGAAUACUGGUCAGAUUACUAUGAAGAUUCAAUUACUCAACUGAGACAAAGAAUUGAAGAGUUGAAUUCACAAAGCUUAUUAGACUAAAUUGAUAAACUCCUGCAUUAAAUAAAAGAAAAGGAUGCUAUUCUAUCUGAGUUGCAAUAUGGCAUUAAUGAUAUCUAAAAUGAAGUUUCAAAAGUCCACAGCACAGAUCAAGAGCUAUAAUAAGCUAAGCAAGAGUACCAAGAAAAAUUCAAGCUUUAUCACAGACUACUGAAUGAAAAAUCUAUACUUUAUGACCAGAUGUAUGUGAGUGCUAGACAACUAAUCAAUAGAGAUGAACUUAUCAUUAAAAAUGAACAGGAAAUUGUUAGAAUAAAGUAUGAUAUCGACAUCAGUAAACUAGAGAUGGAGUAAAAGAAAGAAUUAGUGGUUGAGUUGGAGACUCAGUUAGAGCAGUUAAAAGCCACUUAUAAGGAACUUAAGUUAGAAAUUAAACGCCUUGAAAAGCGAGCAGAACUCUUGCAAGUUACACUUAAGUAAAAGGAAGACGAACUUGAUCAAUUAGAGGAAAUGUUGAGAGAUCGUGACAAUGUCAUUGAAGAGCUUGAGAGAUAGAUUGGAGAUAGACCUAUCGAGCUACCUAAGCCUGUUGAAGCCAAGAAAAUUUUGUAUAGACCAAUAAAAGGUGAUUUAGUUGAUGAGCUGAUUGCUAAAUAUGUUAAUGGAAUGACAUGUCCACUUCCGAUUAAGCGUCUCGGUGACGGUAAUUAUUUAUUCGGAACUAAGAAAAUUUACGCUAAAAUUAUGAAUGGCAAACUGGUCAUCAGAGUCGGAGGAGGCUUCAUGUCGAUUGAGGAAUUCAUUGCAACUUAUGCUGACUUCGAAAUUACCAAAGUACAAUAAAUGAUGGAAAAGGGUACUUUUAAUAUGGAUGAAUAUUCCAAUCAAAACAACUUCCAUGUUAUCGAACUUUCACCAAAGAAGGGAGCCAGAAGAAUGGGAAGUGGAUCUCCUAGCAGAGACAAAGUCUCACCUUGA